CCCAUGGGGAUACACCUCUCUCUCUCUUACACAUUCAGACCCACCUAAGUCACCCACCGUCAAAUUCUUUGAUAGCCUCUCUUCCAUGAAACAAACCCCAUUUAGUUAAAUCCCAUUCUUUCUUGAUUUUGCUUGUAUUAACAAACACAGAAUCCAAUUGGGUUCUCAAAUUCAUGAACUUUUUUUUCUCUCAUAAGGUUUGAAUCUUAGGUUUGAAUUGUUCGACAUUCUUUGGGGCUGGAGAAGGAAAGUGGGGAUUAUUUGCAUGAACAUAGAAUGCCAGAUUUAAGAAGUGGUGUUCGGCGAUCAAAGAGGAUCAAUUAUGUCCAGGACAAUCCUGCUGUUUUAGUUCCAGCUGCACGGCCUGGUGCUGGAAAAGUGCUGACUGGUAAAGGUAGGGGUAGAGGGUCUAGAGCCAUGCAUCAAGGGAAGAAUUCUAAGCUAUUUGGUGCUGGAGUUGGUGGCCAAGGGCAUACAGGUUUAGAUUUUCCAGAGAGAGAUUUAGUGCCGGUUCAUGAUGAGUUGGUAGGCCAGAAAGGUGCACAAAAAUUAGCUGCUAUUGAGGAUGAAGGAAGCACUAGUCCACUUCCAGAAAGCGUACAAGUUGGCCACUCUCCCAUAUACAAGCUAGAGAGAAAGCUGGGGAAAGGGGGUUUUGGACAAGUUUAUGUGGGAAGAAGGAUGUCUUCUGGCAUAGGGUGCACUGCCACUGGAGCUGAUGCCUAUGAGGUUGCUCUGAAGCUUGAGAGUAGAAAUGGUAAAGGGUGCAGUCACGGCCCUCCUUAUGAGUGGCAAGUGUACAGCAAUCUUAAUGGAUGUUAUGGGCUUCCCCUCGUCCAUUACAAAGGUCAACAGGGAGACUACUAUAUCCUAGUCAUGGAUAUGCUAGGCCCGAGUUUAUGGGAUGUUUGGAAUUCUCGCAAUCAGUUGCUGUCUGAAGAGAUGGUUGCUUGUAUAGCAGUGGAGGCAAUAUCAAUUCUAGAGCAGCUUCACAUUAGAGGUUUUGUGCACGGAGAUGUUAAGCCAGAAAACUUUUUGCUUGGUAUACCUGGAACAUCUAAUGAGAAGAAGUUAUAUCUUGUUGAUCUUGGUUUGGCUUCUAGAUGGAGAGAUGGGUCUUCUGGACGUCAUGUUGAUUAUGACCAAAAACCUGAUGUUUUCAGGGGAACUGUACGUUAUGCAAGCGUACAUGCUCAUUUAGGCAGGACAGGAAGCCGAAGGGAUGACCUCGAAUCGUUAGCAUAUACCCUAAUAUUUCUCCUUAGAGGAAAACUUCCCUGGCAAGGCUACAAUGGAGAGAACAAAGGAUUUCUUGUUUGCAAGAAGAAGAUGGCAACUUCUGCUGAGACACUAUGUGGCUUGUGUCCUCCUCCUUUUCAACAGUUUCUUGAAAUGGUGACCAAUAUGAAAUUCGAUGAAGAACCAAAUUACUUAAAGCUUAUUUCCCUUUUUGAUAACAGUAUUGGUGCAAUUGCCUCUCUGCGACCUAUCAGAACUGAUGGAGCUGCAAAGGUGGGUCAAAAAAGAGGAAGAGUGCCUGUUGAAUUGGUAGAUGGUGAGCAACCUAAGAAAAAAGUUCGAUUAGGUAGUCCAGCUACUCAGUGGAUAUCGGUCUACAAUACCAGAUCAUCAAUGAAGCAAAGGUAUCACUACAAUGUUAUGGAUUCAAGACUAGACCAGCACAUUGAUAAAGGAAAGGAAGAUGGGUUGUAUGUUAGCUGUGUUGCUUCAUCUGCGAAUAUGUGGGCUAUUGUCAUGGAUGCAGGGACGGGCUUCACGUCCCAGGUUUAUGAACGGUCAUCUGUUUUCUUGCACAAGGAGUGGAUAAUGGAACAGUGGGACAAGAACUACUAUAUCACUUCACUUGCUGGUACAUGCAAUGGAAAUGCCCUGGUGGUAAUGUCCCAAGGUGUACCUUAUACUCAGCAAUCCUACAAAGUCAGUGAUGUGUUCCCUUUCAAAUGGAUUAAUAAGAAGUGGAAAGAAGGUUUUUCUGUUACCUCCAUGACUACUGCAGGUAGCAGAUGGGGCAUUGUCAUGUCUCGAAAUGCAGGUUAUUCUAGUCAGGUUGUUGAACUCGAUUUCCUAUAUCCUAGUGAAGGCAUCCAUAGAAGAUGGGAGACUGGAUAUCGGAUUACCUCAACUGCUGCUACAGAGGAUCAAGCUGCAUUCAUACUUAGUGUACCCAAGAAGAAAUCACCAGAUGUGGCUCAAGAAACUCUACGGACAUCGGUUUUUCCAACUUACCAAGUAAAGGACAAAUGGUUAAAGAAUCUCUAUAUUGCAUCUAUUUGCUAUGGGAGAACAGUAUCUUGAGGUUGAGGUUCGGUGAAAAAACUGCACCAUGAUGUUAAAUGCAGGGACACCAAGGUGGCGUUAUGAACUUCAUGGCCAAUGGCUGAAUGCACCUUUUGUCUAGCCUUCGUGGACGAUACAGAAAGUUCUGUACCAUGUAGAGAAGGCAAAUGCUUUCAUGUAUAGAUGCUUUCAUUGAGAACAAAUGAAUAGAGGAGCUAAAAUGUACCAGCAUUCAUGCUUUUAAAGGUACUUAAAAAAAGGGAGAAGUUUGCACUCUUCCUAUGUUGUAUUGGUUUUAGAGGGAUGCAUUCUCUAAUUUGAAGAAAAAACAUAAUCUCUUAGGGAAAGCUCAAGUUUUAACACUGGAAGACAUUAUGCUGUUUGGGACAACAGAGUGUCACCCCAAAGUAGUUGUGUGUAAAGGAAUUGUACUAUCACUAUCAAUUGUAAUAUUUAUUAGAAAAAGAAAUGAAAAAGUUAAUUGAUCCAUUUCCUUA